AUGCAGUCCGGAGACGAGGAGGAUGCACUCGAUGACAGCCAACUCAGCACUAUUCUUGGAGAGCUCAGCUGUCCUUCCGCUGGAUGUUCAGACGGCGACCCGUACCAAGUCUGUGGCGUGCUGCCCGACCGAACCCAAGUGCAACAGAGCGAGGAAAUAGACCCGCUGGACGAUGAGCUCAGUGGAAAUGGCAUCGAGCACCGAAUCGAUGAUGCUUGGGCUGUGAUGUCAGAGGGUUGCAGCGACGCCAUGGACCUGAUGCAGAAGAAGGCGCAAGCAAUGCUUCGGGCCAGGCUGGCAGAAGAGGUCGGUGACUUCGACGCCCGAGUCCAUCGCGAAUGCGUUGGACUUGUGGCAGCUCACAAGCACUGUGUGCUGAAUGCUGCGAAGGAGGGCCUGGAGCGAAGCUUGCCAGCUCUGGACGUCGUUCGAGCUUGCAAGCAGCCUUCAUGCUGGCAGGCAUGGAGCGGUGCGAAUGCGGAGCCUGGGCCGAAAGGUCCUUCAGAACGUGCUUCAAGCUCUGACUGGAUGUCCACGACAUGUCCCACGGAACGACUUGGACCGUCGCCAGCCACGACAGAGUUGCGAAGCCCGACACCGCUGGGUGUGUCUGGCCCAGUGCAGUCUGCCACGGUCAAUGAGUCAACUAGCUGA